AUGACGACUCCCACUGAAGAAAUAGUAAGUAUUUCUUCUAUUUUCGCCACCAAUAAUUCCUUUCAGAGCGUUCGAGAUGCUCCACCCCAAGAAAGAAAACUCACAAACUUGUUUUUUUUCCUUGCCUUUAUUGUCUGCUUAGUACUUUUGCUACCAUUUUCUGUUGUUUUUACAACAAACAACAAUAUGAAACGACUCCUUUACGGUUAUGACAGCUGCGGAAAUACUUGUGGAGUCAAAAACAGGCCUUUUUAUAGUGUCAACUGUUCGGGAAAAGAUAUGAGCGAAAAACCCAUUGCAAUGAUGAAAUAUCAACUCACCAAUCCGAAUUGUAUUUUCAGCAUGAAAAAAGUUUUUCCGGACAAAUGUGUUGAAAAGUGCAGCCCACCAAACCAAUUAAUUUUCAACCGGUGUUACCAACCCGAAACAGAAACAAGCCUCGACAGCAGAUCAAAAAAUUUCAAACAACUAAUCGAAAUCGCCCACGCCAUUUGUAGUUCCACGUCCACCAUAUUUACAAUGAGUUUCACCGGAUUGGUUUUAUCUUUUGGUCUCUUUGUUUGCCUUCGUUGCCACGUCGGUGCCACUUUCUGGGGCUUGACAAUAUUCCAGUCAUUUAUGGCUCUCACAGCUGUGGCAUUUUUUUGGCACAAAUACAUAAUCAACGACAGUGACAAUUCUACAGCUUAUUUAUUUCUAGCAUUAGGAGCUAUGGCCUAUUUUGCUUUCAUUUUUAUUUUUUUCUUCGUCUUGCACAACACUUUUGCAAUGAUACGUCGCAUAUAUCAGGAAGCUUCAAAUGCGAUUUUUGGAACACCAAUGAUUUUAUUACAACCAUUACUGACACUGACUCUUCUGAUUUCUAUCAGCGUGGUAAUCGUUUUUCUCGCGUUUUUGAGUUUGUCCACUGGAUGUUUAAAAGCAUCAUACGAAAACCCUUCAAUUUACGUACAUGUAACAAAUCCAGCUUCACUUUACUACAUUGCUUAUUUGGUUUUCAUAAUUUUGUGGAUCUAUUCUUUUGGUGAAGGUUUGCAAGCUAUGGUUGUUUCCGGUGCUACGCAAGAAUUUUACAACACGAGGGAUAAAUUUUUGAGAAACCCAAUCAGAAAAAGUUUUCAAACUUUGCUAAAUUAUCAUCUAGGAACAGUUGCUUGUGGUUCUUUAUUAUCAACCAUUUUUGUGUUUAUGAGAGGAUUGGCGGAGUAUAUGAACAGAAAAGUUUAUAUUUUAACGGCUAUGAAAGGAGAAUCAUUCUACAAGUCCUUGAAGCGAGCCAUCACACUGCUGCGUUUAAACCUACUUGAGACAGCUGCAAUAACUGGAUUUAAUUAUUUGAUCAUUUCUGGAUUUUCCUUUUUGAUUGUAAUCGUAACAGUAGGUGUGGGAGUUUGGAUGAAUUUGAACACCGAAUAUACAACUAAUGUCCGAUUGGGUAUAUUAUUUGGGGCAAUAAGUGCCUCAUUUGUGUCGCAUUUCGUACUCCAAGUCUUACACACCACCACUGAAACGAUAUUUAUAAGUUUCUGUGAAGAACGACUAACCACCACACCAAAAAAAUAAAAUUUUGUUUGUCUGGAUCUGUUUUGAUGUAAUUCCUGUCUUAAAUAAAUGUUAUUAAUGUGCA